GGGCCGGCUGGCAGAGGGGCGUCUGCGCGCCGCUGGGGCUGCAAGUAAGGAGGGGGCAGGGGGUGGGGCCUCGCCUAGGACCCCUCCUCUCCCUUUCUCCGCCGCUACCUGCCACAGCGGAGGCUCCGCCAGUCGGGUCCGAGCGCCGCCACCUCUGAGCAGCCGCGGAUCCCAGCCGCGACAGACAUGACCGGCGCCUGGCAUCGGCCCCCGGGCACUGCCCGGCGCCUGCUGACGGCGCUCGCCGCGCUCCUGCUGGGCUGCCCGGCGCUCCGGGCACAGACGCCCGAACCCGAGCUCUCGGCGCGGGCCCUGGUGCCGGCCACCCGCGGCUCCGAGGGCGCAGGCAUCCUGGCAGCGCCGCCGGGGCUCCGGGUACCCCUGGGUCGCUCCGUGUGGCUGGACCCGGGCCGGGACCUGGUGCUCCGCGUGCGGCCCGGGGACCGGUGCGCGGUAACCGUGGUGGGCGAGGACGGAGGCGGAGGGGCUGCAGGCUCGCCAGCGCCCGGCGCGCUCACCCCCGCCAGCUUCCCGUGCGCCUUCGGGCCGGAGCAAGUUCUCUACACUCACUUUGGCGCCCGCAGCCCCUCCCGGCACCGGCUCCGGCUGCAGCUGCGCUGUGACUCCUCGAGCCGGACCCUCGUGCUGCCCUUCACCCUGCCCGUGGACGUGGACUCCACUCGGCUCGAAGUGGUCACUCGCAACCUGCCCUUGACCGUGGUCAGGCUGCGGGGCUUCAGCAACGCCGUUGACCACAGGGUGCUGAACUUCUCCACUGCCUCCCUCGCCGCUUCCCCUCGGGAUGGGGCCCCUCUAGCGUGCCGUCUCACCCCACUUCCCCGGGAAAGCGGCCCUUUGCCCAGGCAUGGGAAGUUAGUGAGCCCCUCCGGUGCCCCGUUGUCCCCGGGGAGGGAGAUGGACUGUCAAGCGUUCCUGAAUGCCGGGGUGCGCUACCGACACCUGGCCAGCACCCCGUCCCCCGAUCGGGACCGUGUGCCCUUCCUGGUGGAGAUCUUGGGGCCGGAAAAGGAGGAGGCCGUGGGACUCCCCAGGAUCCUGGCCCGGGAGCACUUCCACAUGCUGGUGAGAAUUCAGGAAGGAAGGGAGAACACUCCACCCAGGCUUAGCUUCGGAGCCAUGAUGAUGAUGGAGGUGGGCCAGUUCGUACUGACUCCUCUGACCCUGGAGUCCCUGGCCGCGGAGGAUGUGGAAACCAGUUCCGAUGACUUAGUCUUUAACAUCCUCAACUCCCCCACUGUGCUUCCCGGGUCCCAUAGGCAGCGAGGCUACUUCAUCAAUACCGACGAUCCCUUCGGAGGAACAGUCACCUCCUUUACUCAACAGGACCUGAGAGAGCUGAAGAUCGCCUACCAGCCUCCCACGGGGGACUCCAACCGGGAGCGCCUUUUCCAGCUAGAGAUGGAGGUGAUGGAUGCGGAUGGAGCCGCCUCUGCCCCAUUCGCCUUCAUGGUCGUAGUGAAGCCCAUGAAUACCCUGGCCCCCGUGGCCUCUCGGAACCGGGGACUGUUGCUGUUCGAAGGUCAGUCUCGGCCUCUGUCCGACGCCCAGGGCUUGGAGAUCAGCGAUGAAGACAACCUGGAGGAGGUAAGGGUGACCGUAGCAAAGGGUCUAAGCCACGGGCAGCUGGUGGUUCUUGGAGCACCUCCAGGGCGCAAAUUUUUCACCCCAGCGGAGCUGACUGCAGGAAGGGUGAUCUACCAGCAUGACGGCAGUGACAGCUACAGUGACAACGUCAUUUUCCGCCUCAGCGACGGGCACCAUGAUGUAGAAUUCCUAUUUCCCAUCACCAUUGUCCCUGAGGAUGACGAGCCGCCAAUUGUCAGCACCAACACUGGGCUCUCCUUAGCCGAGGGCGAAGUGGUCCGGAUUUCCCACUUGGUUCUUAGUGCCACAGACAUUGAUUCUGAAGACUCAACCAUUCGCUUUGUACUAAAGACAUCGGCCCUGGAGGGGAAGGAGGGAGAGCCAAGGUGGGACCUGGCCCCCAGUCCCUCCCUCACAAGGCAGCGCCUAGGAGAGGUCCUGUUGCGCCAAAGUGAACCCCCAUCAUCCCUGAUGGCUGAAGGAGGGCAAGGCUGGACCUAUGUGGAAAAAGAGGACCUCUAUGAAAAGGUGGUGACUGAAUGGCUGCAGCAAGACAUCCUGGAAGGGAGGCUCUUUUACCGCCAUCUUGGACCCCACAAGCCCAGCUCCAUGAUAGAUCAGCUGGUGUUCCACGUGCAGGAUGAUCAUGAUCCACCCAACCAAUCAGGUCAACACUUUUUCACCAUCAAGGUGCAGCCGGUGGAUGUUCUGAGCCCAGAGUUGCAUCCAGGAGUGAGCCUAGAGAUGACUGUGAAAGCCUACCAGCUCACUCCUUUCCAAAAGCAAUUUCUCUGCUAUACUGAUGCGGAUUCUGAUGACUGGCACUUGCAAUAUAUGCUCCUGACACCCCCUAUGGACAUGGAUAAUAACCACCCUGUUCCGGCCGGGGAAAUUGUGCUUACCGAUGAGCCCACGAGGUCAGUCACGCAGUUCACGCAGGCCCAGGUGAAUCACCACAAAGUGGCCUACCAGCCCCCUCAGCAGGAAGUGGGCAUUGCCCCCCGAGUGGUCCAGUUCACCUACCGUGUGGAGGAUGCCGCGGGUAACUCUGUGCCAGGUACCUUCCGUUUGUUCCUGCAGCCCGUGGACGACCAGCCCCCAGAGGUCACCAACAGAGGCUUCGCUGUGCAGAAGGGCGAGAGCUUUAUUCUGACCAGCAGGGAACUCGAUGUAACAGACCCAGACACAGAAGCUGACAACAUAGUGUUCACUUUAGCACAGGGCCCCCAACAUGGUCAGCUCCUUUAUUUAGAAGGAGUCAUGACCUCAGGGACUUACUUUAUGAAGGAUGAUAUCAUUAAGGGACACGUCUCCUAUCAACAUGAUGGGAGUGAGACCACCAAGGACGCCUUCCAGUUGCUUGUGAGUGACAGGAUCCAUCAAGUGCCCAUUAUAGUCCGAAUUAUUAUAAAGACUAUUGAUGACAGGACCCCUGUCCCUGGCGGUGGCUGGGUGGGCACUGCUAUUGAUGUCCUAGAGAAUGGGGCCACAGAAAUGACCACAGGUAUCAUCCAGGGCACAGAGAAGAACACAGAUGAUCUGAUGUUGACCUUCAUGGUAGAGAAAUCCCCACAGCUGGGCACUAUCCUGCUGAAUGGGUUGCCCACAGAGCAGUUCACCCAAGGAGAUCUCAUCAAUGGGGCAGUAACCUAUGCCCACACAGGGGGUGAGAUUGGUAUGCAGAAGCAGCAUGAUGCUUUCAACCUUACAGUAUCUAACCCCUCUAAUAUCUGGAUGGUAGCGGGCAAAGUAGUGGAGGGUGUGCAGGUACAGGUGACUGUGUUACCCCUCGACAGUGUGCCUCCUGAAGUGAAAGGAGGGGAGCUGCUCAGUGUCCCUGAGGGGGGGAAAGGUACUUUGACCCUGAGACAUUUAGACGCUAAGGAUGUGGAUACCCCCCAUGAUGAUAUCUUAUGUACUAUCAUUGGGCAGCCUUCAUUUGGAUACCUGGAAAAUCUCUCUCCAGCCCCUGGCUCCGAGAAGUCCCAGGUGGGUAACCCUAUCAGUGCCUUCACCAUCAAGGAUAUAUGUCUGGGGCACAUCAAUUAUGUCCAGAGUAUCCACCAAGGGAUAGAACCACGGGAAGAUCAGGUCACUUUUUAUUGCUCUGACGGUGUCAAUGUUUCCCCCAAUUACAUUUUCCCCAUCAUCAUCCUGCCCACCAAUGAUGAGCAGCCAGAACUUUUCAUUCAUGAUUUUGUGGUGCUGGAAGGGAUGAGUCUAGUAAUAGACACCCCUCUACUCAAUAGUGCCGAUUCGGACCUGCCACCAGAUGAGCUACGAUUUCAGGUCACAGUACUCCCCCAGAAUGGACGGAUCGUUCAGCAGUUGGCCACUGGAAGCCGCCCCGUCCACAGCUUUACCCUAGAGGAGAUUCAAGAGGCUUCCACUAUUGUAUAUGAACACGAUGACUCAGAAACCACAAUGGACAGCUUUGAGGUUUGGGUGACUGAUGGGAAGCACGCGAUCCAUAAGAAGAUACCAAUCACAGUGAUCUUGGUGGAUGAUGAGACCCCACGGCUGUCCAUCAAUGAUGGCCUGGAAGUGGACAUUGGACAGACCAAAGUCAUCACUAACCAGGUCCUCAAGGCCACAGAUCUUGACUCAAAUGACAAGGACCUCGCUUACAUUCUUCGAUCAGGUCCUGGACAAGGACUCCUCCAGAAGCUCCUUGAGCCUGGAGGAAAGGUGUGGAGUAAUCUCACUCUGGGUAUGAAUUUUACUCAGUCUGAAGUUGACCAGGGCUUAAUCUGUUAUAGCCACAAAGGUCUAGGAGGGGUCCAGGACCUAAUCAAAUUUGAUGUGACUGAUGGAAUUAACCCCUUGAUAGAUAGAUAUUUCUAUGUCACUAUCAGUGGCCCAGACAAAGUUUUUCCUGAAGUGAUCAACAAAGGGGUGACCCUCAAAGAAGGUGACAGAGUGACCCUCACCACUGAUCUUCUCAGUACUAGUGACAUAAAUAGUCCUGAUGAACAAUUAUGCUUCAGUAUCACCCGUGCCCCAAAUCGAGGACACUUGGAAAGUUCUGACUUUCCUGGAAAGCCCAUUGAUUCUUUUACUCAGCUUCAAUUGGCUGGCAACAAAAUCUCCUAUGUCCACACUGCAAAAGAUGAGGUAAAGAUGGACAGUUUUGAGUUUGAGGUGACCGAUGGUCACAAUACUAUUUUCCAGACCUUCCAUGUCUUUAUCAUUGAUGUGGACAACAAAAAGCCAGUGUUGACCGUUCACCCCUUGUUGGUGCAGGAAGGAGAGAGAAAGUUGAUUACUCCAUUUGAACUCUCAGCUGAGGACCAGGAUAGCCCAGAUGGCUCUCUGCUCUUCACAAUCACCCACAUCCCCGCCCAUGGACAAAUUCUAUAUAACGGCAGUCAGCCCAUUACCAGCUUCACCAAACAAGAUCUGAAUGAGAAUUUGAUCAGCUACUGGCAUGAUGGCACAGAGACCACUGAGGAUAGUUUCUCUUUCGUUGUGACAGAUGGCACACAUACAGAUUUCUUCAUCUUCCCAGAUACUGUCCUAGCGACUCACAAGCCCCAGGUGAUGAGGAUCCGAAUCAAUUCCUUGGAUAAUGGAAUACCCCGGGUUGUGGUCAACAAGGGGGCCCCAGAUUUGAGGAUUCUUCGGACUGGUCAACUAGGCUUCCUGAUCACCAGCAAGUCUCUUAAAGCAGAGGAUCAAGACAGUCCACAUAACCUUCUAAAAUACACAGUCACCAGUGGACCCGAACAUGGCCACCUCAUUCACCUUGACCUUGGAAAUGAGAACAUUAAGGUGUUCACACAAGAUGAUAUUGAUAAGAUGAAGCUCUGCUAUGUCUUGAAAGUGGGCAGCAAUGCAACCAGUGACAUUUUCUACUUCUCUGUUGAAGACUCUGGUAAGUCAGUAUCAACUUUUGCAAAAAUGCCACUGGUAAACAAAAUCACUAUAUGAAUUUAUAAAAUGUUUUCUACAGUAAUCA